GUUUUCAGACGGCUACCAGCUGUCAAACGGCGGGGGCCUUGCGGGUCCUUCCUGCCCUGAGCCGCUCCGCCAGCCUCCUGACAUAAUCCAACCACCGGGGAAAGAACACGAAAUUCAGCCGAAAUCCUCCAAAAACCGAGCGGGUACCGGGAGUUAUGAUGGGCGGUAGGACGAGCGCGAUAGCCGCGGGGGUCUGCGGAGCUCUGUUCGUCGGUUACUGCAUUUAUUUCGACAGGAAAAGACGGAGUGACCCUAACUUCAAGAACAGACUGCGAGAACGGAGGAGAAAGCAGAAGGUAGCCAAAGAGAGGGCAGGCCUGGCAAAGCUUCCUGACCUGAAGGACGCUGAAGCGGUGCAGAAGUUCUUCCUGGAGGAGAUCCAGCUGGGGGAGGAGCUGCUGGCUCAGGGAGACUAUGAGAAAGGUGUGGACCACCUGACCAACGCCAUUGCGGUGUGCGGUCAGCCUCAGCAGCUGCUGCAGGUCCUGCAGCAGACUCUGCCGCCGCCCGUAUUCCAGAUGCUGCUCACCAAACUGCCCAGCAUCAGCCAGCGCAUCGUGAGCGCACAGAGUCUGAGUGAGGACGAUAUAGAAUAGAGGGAGGACUGAGACCAAGUAACCCCCCGCCCACCACCCUUCUCCGCUCCUCCUCCUCCUUCCAUCACGACCUGCCAACGCCUCGGCCGCCAUCACUCCGGCCGACGUCCAUCACUUCCCACCAAGGCGUCCUAAAGGGAAUUCAUUUUUUAUUCCUGGUUUAUCCAUGACAGUAGUGUUUGUGUUUUUUUUUUUUUAACUUAAAUUACCCGUUUUGGGGUAUUAGAAUAUCUCCAUCAUGAAGCCCAGAGAAAUACAAACAACCUUGUCACCGUGCCACCAACAGUAGGGAUGUACUCACUAACCGGACUGGGUUCGUGUCGAAAACAUUAAUCGGCUCCUUCCUUCGGGGCGGCGUGGCACACAUCCCGACAGCAUCAUAAACCAGGUUUACGCAUUCUCGGACGUGUUUGUACCAGCCGUCUUCAUGGUUAUGAUAUCAGUAGUAGAAAGUUACAGUUACAUCUGCUCAGAUGCUUCACAAAGUAUUUAUUGUUUUGCUAUCAGUCGUCUUUCUUUUGGGUCUAGACUUGGAAACACUUUUUAAAAAGUGAUGAAAUGUUUUGUUCAUGUUAAAGAGGAUGCCCCUCUUUAGGAAAAACAUAAUAAAUAAAUAAAAAAC